CCCUCGUCAAUAAACGAGCUGUUGUCGGCGGGAGCGCUCUUUAUCGUGCGUGUGCAAGCCAGACAUGGCGACUGUUCUAUCGUCCGCUGUUACUGGUUGAUGAAAACGAAUUAGCGCGGCGGACCCGAAGGAACGCGCCCGAGUCGUUCGCUCGAGGAAAUUCGCGCGACAAUGUCGUCUCGCAUCCCGAAUUGAUCACAGCCGUUGACUUGGGUUCUCGUUCAACGAAAUUAAAUUCUCGGUGAGACGGAUCGAGAGAGAAGACAUGGACGCGAACGAGAUCUUGUGCAAAAUCUUCGGCAAGCACGCCAUUCGCGCGAAAUCCAAGGAAGACACGGUUGAACAAUCUAGAUCAAACCAAAAUUUGACAAAGGUGAACGAAUACGUGAAAAAGUCUCUGUCGAAUGCCGGUCGCACUUGGGACAAUGAGGAUCACAGAGAAGGUCGUAUCGGGCCGGAGAUCGUUAAAUUUGACGUGUCCGUGCAGCAGGGCAUCUGUGUUGUCUCCCCGGACAGAUUGAGCGUCAAUUCUCAGACCAGUUUCAGCACAAUGCGAGCCAACACGGGAGUGUUUAAAGGCAAAUGGAUGUACGAAGUGCAAUUAGGAUCCAAAGGAGUGAUGCAAGUGGGAUGGGGUACUGAUCGGUGUAAAUUUAGCUCACAGUUUGGCGUAGGAGACACCCCGAACUCGUACGCGUACGACGGAAAUCGCGUGAGAAAGUGGAACGUAUCCACGCACAAAUACGGCGAGCCCUGGUUGACCGGGGACAUCAUCGGCUGCACGCUUAACAUGGACAAGGGAACGAUAUAUUUUUACAGAAACGGCAGAAGUCUGGGCAGAGCGUUCGAAAAUGUGCCGAUGGGCGCUGGGAUCGCAUAUUUUCCCACCGUCAGCUUGGCGCUCAAUGAGAAUUUAACGGCCAACUUCGGCUCCAUACCGUUCAGAUAUCCCGUGAAGGGUUACGAGCCGUUGCAAGCACCGCCAACGAGACAGGUUCGCCAAGCCACGCUUCUCUUCCAGUGGCUCGCGAAGAUCAUCGAGCUGUUGGAGUAUCACAAAAGUGUUGAGAAACAAACUGUUACGUUGGAGGACAAAAUGAUGAGCACCGAAACGUUCAUCAUGUGCGUGGCCAGGCCCAUGUUUUGUCGAAUCGGUCCGCUGCUUACUGUGCCCUACGUCACCGAGACGGUCUUCGUGCCGUUUAUGCAGAAUCUAUGCGAUCUGAGCGCAAACGGUUCCACGGCGAGAUCCGUGUAUUCGGACAUUCACAGUGCGCAGCUGCUGAUCUGUCUGGAUCUGCUGUGGGCGUUUAUGGAAGAGCACGAGAUCAAAGUGUGUCUGGAGAGUACGGUGCUUCAUCUGCUAUCCGCCUUUCGGCACGUAUCUCUGCUGCUCGAGUAUCCGGACCAGUGCAAGAGUCUGAUGCUGCUGAACCGGAUCUGUCAGCAUACCGUCACGCGGCAGCAUCUGCUGCGGUAUCUGCUGUUCGAUCGCGUGCGUUUCGCCAACUUCGUGCACGUGAAACCGCUGGACGAGGGCGGACUGGCGGACGUGGUCGAGAAGGUCUGGUGGGAAACGAACCCUCUGGACCCUUCGGUCGAAGCGAACAAGGCCAGUUAUCUGAACGCUUGCGAGCGCAUUAAAGCUGCCAUUUCUGAGGUGGAAGCGUUACAAGUCGAGUUGUUAAUUAUUUUAUUAAAUAAUACCGACGGGACGGCCAAGAGGCCGGCAUCUAGGACCAUAUUUUUGAGGAAGUUCAAACGCUUUGUCCAGGAAAAUCUGACAACUAGUCGUACACCCUUGCCGAUCACAUUAUGUUGCUUUCACCGACUUCUGGUUGCAUUCAGAAUUUUAUGGGACUCAGAAAUUGGAACAAGCCCUGUCUAUAUACCCUGCAGGGCGUUCUACGAUGCGUCAAUCAAUUACUCUGGAAUCGACAGACUUGGUGGUGUGUUAAGCUACUUAAACAAGACAUUCAAGAAAGAAUUGAUAAGACUGCUAGGUCCGGAUCAUGAGGUGAUUGUUGCUAUGGAACAACAGCAACAACAGCAGCAACAACAGACCACGGCAGCGUCCGCGACGUCGAAUAACGCGUCGGGACCGCUGGUCGACAUGCCAGCGGUGGCGAUUUACCCUCGCCUGCUUACCGCCAACUUGCCGGCGCUAGCGAGCCAAGGUAGUUCUAGAAUACUGCAAAGAAUCGGAUUCUUUAUACAUACUACAGAAGAUAGGACUCCAAUACGUCAUGGUGCUGCAGAUCCGGCGACCUCAUUGUUGGAAUUAUUAGACGGUAUUAUCUUGUUCUACCAUGUAGCGGCGAGUAAUCAAGUGUCCAAAGUGGCGAGUCUGCGCGACAGUAUGACCGCGUAUGUGAACGCGAUCGCUGACACCAAGGCGAAACUCGAGCGUAUCGAGUCGAUUCUAACAAGCGAUCCCGACGCAGAAGCGAUUCAGAAAGAACUGCUCCGCGCGACCGACGUGUUCCAUAAAAAACUGGCGGAGCAGGCGAGGCACAUGGCGUGGAUACGAGCCGCCGUAUACUCGGAGGAGAAGCAAUCACAGUUGGCCUGGUUGCUCAAAGUGGUGACACUAACCCUGCAAACCGCCAGCCAGCAGGGCAACAUGUUCAGCUACGUGCCUGAUUUCUAUCUCGAGACGCUGUUCGAUCUGUGUGUCAAUCUGCGCGUCCACGUACAUCCCACGGCGCCGAUCGAGAACAUUCCGAAUUAUCGGGAGAUGCUGCGCAAUGCCGCCGAGUUUCUGUGCGAUCACUUCCUCGAUUCGCGCAUAGUAAACGCCAAUUCCAAAGACGCGUUAGUGCUCAUACUCGCUGGCUUCGUGUCGAAUCCGAUGACGCUUGAGGCGUUGGAGAACGUGCCGCGCGAAAUUAGAAUCAAGUUCGUGAUGAAUCUUCUUAAACCGUACGAGAAUCGCGCGUGGGCGCAGUCCAACUGGGUCCUCGUCAGAUUUUGGCAGGGCAACGGUUUCGCUUACCGAUACGAAAAGAGUCCGCAUCUUUCGAAGAAAGUCGGUCCAAAGAUGGUGCAGCAAGAAGCUAUCUCUCUGCCCAUAAAACCAUGUCCAUCGGAAGUGUAUCAAGCGCACGUAAGAGAGGUACUGUUGGACAAUCCUCAGGUGUCCGCGCAAUUUUUAAAUUCAUUGUUGAAUCAAUUGAAUUGGGCGUUUUCCGAGUUUAUCAGCAUGGUACAAGAGAUCCAUAACGUUUCGUCGCGACCGGAGCGAGUGUUUAUCGAAUCGAGACAAUUAAAAAUCUGUUCUACUUGCUUCGAUCUGUCGGUCUCGUUGCUCCGUGUAUUAGAAAUGAUCUGUACGGUGGCUCCAGGCGUUUUCAACGACCCUACACAGUCUUCUAGCGAAAGUCUGCUGGGUAGAUUGUGUCAAUUACUCUGCCAAGUGUUGAACAGGAUGAGCUCACAGGCCAAUUGUUUUCAACACGUAGUGCAGUUGGAUAUCCCUGAUCUGGAUCCCGUAGAUCACUUUCCCAUGCUGGCGGCUGUUAUUGGCGUUCUGUUGGCUCUUCUCGAAAAGGAGAUGAAAGAUUUUGCAGCAAAUCCAACGCUCGAUGUAUGCAAAGUCACACGAAGUUUAUUGACAGAACCGAGCUUUCAGAUCAGUUCUUUGUAUUUUGUUCUGGGCGAUACUGAGAAAAAUGUAGAACCAGUAACGAAAUCCGCGGAACCAUUUACGAGAACUGUAGAACCGUUUUCACUUACAAAAUACGAGGCUGAUGUGACAGCAGAAGAAAUCAGCCGAGUGAUAGAGAUGAUAAAAUAUCUUGACAACUGUCUCGCGCGUUUACCCGACAGCAAAUUAAUAGUAGACGACGACAACAUUUGCACGAUUUGUUAUGCGUUUCCGAUUGCGGCGACAUUUAAGCCCUGCAGUCAUCAGACGUGUCGCACUUGUAUAGAUCAUCAUUUGCUCAACACCAGGGAAUGUUUCUUUUGCAAAGCAAUCAUAGACAAGGUCGAAGAUCUGAGCGGGAACACAUUGCAUGAUUUUGCCGGCCAAGUCGCGACUUCGGAAACGGCUUCCUGACAAGAUUAUCUCGCAGAUUAUUAUAUAUACUGAAUAAAAAAAAAAAACUUUAUUGAAUUCCUCGCUGCAUCUUCGAUGCGUUAAGCAUCGAGUUUCUCCUGGCAAAGAUACUGUGUAAAAUUUUAAUUGUGUACGAUGAUAAGAAAAAAAAAUUAUCCGUGAAGAAUUUAAGAUAAAUUAAACGCAGAGAGAGAGAGAGAGAGAGAGAGAGACUCUGUGCUUAAAAGGAGUAUCAAGGAAAAAACCUUUAUUUAUAAGUAUAAUACAUAUCUACAUUAUUAAUAAGCACAUUUUGAUGGCAGUAAGUGAAAAGAUUAUAUAUAAAAUACGUAUAACGAUAUCUGCCUCUUGAAGCAGAAGUUGCUUCACGUGUGAGUCCAUCGGUAAAAAUUUGCUAAUAAAAAUUAUAUAUAUGUAUAAUAGUCCUUUCUUUUUAAUUGAUAUGUACAUCAUCAGUCUUUUUGUUGAUAUGUCACGUUACAUGAGAAUAAAACCAACGACUUUCCUAAUCUUCUUCCAAGUGUCUAGUCUGCAUGAAUAUUUGUAGAGAGCAUGGCACGCUAUUGUAAUGAAUUGUGAUGUUUUGUUGUUGUUAUCUGUUGCUUACAUUUUUGCAAUUUCCGUCACUCAAAAUGUGAUAAUGUACGUUCAUACUAGUAAAAAAAAAAAAGGAAAAUCGAAA